AUGGCGGACGUGCAGAUGGCUGGAGUGGAGAAGGAGACCUUUGCCUUCCAGGCGGAGAUUAACCAGCUCCUUAGCCUCAUCAUCAACACUUUCUACUCCAACAAGGAGAUCUUCCUGCGGGAACUCAUCAGCAACUCGUCGGAUGUACGUCCCUCCUUAUGUUCUUCUACUUGCAGUAAUUCGUCCUCGUCUUAACGCCUCUGGUUUUCGUUCGAUAUUACAUUGAGUCUGCUAAUUCUUUUAUGGUGGUUCUUUUCGGUUCUAAUGACAGGCCUUGGACAAGAUCAGGUUCGAGAGUUUGACGGAUAAGAGCAAGCUUGAUGCGCAGCCGGAACUCUUCAUUCGCCUUGUCCCAGACAAGGCAAAUAGGACCCUCUCCGUUAUCGACAGCGGCAUCGGGAUGACUAAAGCUGGUGAGUGAUGGGUGUAUCCUGCACUGUGGUUGCGUCUUUGAACAGGGACUCUGGUUUUUCCACUGUCAUGUGUCUACAUCCGGUUUGCAUGCCUGGAUGUGGCGCGAUUGUGUUAAAGACCCGGUUGCAUAGCUUGAGACUUUCUCAUCCAGUCUGAGUCAUUGGGUUCUUCGAAGAAUGGGGCAUCUCUCGUCAAGUGCGCUAGAAUGUAUACUCUCCUCUGUCAAGUUUUGCCACGAAAGUUGCGUAGAGUCUCAGGUAUUCCGAAACUUUUCUAUCAAAGUAGAGUACUCUUUUGUGGGAUGCUAGUUACAGGGGGGGUUGGUGAUAUUCAUCUUGCAUUAUUAGAACUUUUUUUUUUUUGGAGAAGUUGUACCUUCUUUUGAUCUGGGAGUAUUAUCAGUGUCUGUGAACUUGAUUUGUGUUUUCGUCCGUCAAUUCAUGCAUCUUUAUUUGACAUUCCCUUUUCGUUAACAUUCCUUUUCAGACUUGGUGAACAAUUUGGGAACUAUUGCGAGAUCUGGGACCAAGGAAUUCAUGGAAGCCCUGCAGGCGGGUGCUGAUGUUAGUAUGAUCGGCCAGUUUGGCGUGGGUUUCUAUUCAGCCUACUUGGUAGCGGAGAAGGUUAUUGUCGCCACAAAGCACAGUGACGAUGAACAGUAUAUUUGGGAGUCUCAGGCUGGGGGUUCGUUCACUGUGACCCGGGAUGUUAGUGGCGAGCCAUUAGGCAGAGGGACGAAAAUUACCUUGUUCCUCAAGGAUGACCAGGUAGACUUCUAUUAUAAUCUAAAUUUUGGUUUUUAACGGCCUCUGCCCUAGUACUCACCUGUUUGCUUAUACACCUUGCCGAUUCCCAUGGGUCGUGCUUCUGUACAGGUCGAGUAUCUAGAGGAAAGAAGAAUCAAGGAUCUCGUAAAGAAGCAUUCAGAGUUCAUCAGCUAUCCCAUCUACCUCUGGACUGAAAAAACUACUGAGAAGGAGAUUAGUGACGAUGAGGAAGAGGACUCUAAAAAGGAAGAGGAAGGAGACAUUGAAGAUGUCGACGAGGACAAAGAGAAGAAAUCGAAGACGAAGAAAGUAAAGGAGAUCUCCCAUGAAUGGGUGCAGAUAAACAAGCAGAAGCCCAUCUGGCUCCGCAAGCCGGAGGAGAUCACAAAGGAAGAGUACUCAUCCUUCUAUAAGAGCCUAACUAAUGACUGGGAGGAUCAUCUUGCUGUCAAGCACUUUUCCGUAGAAGGGCAAUUGGAGUUUAAGGCCAUCCUUUUUGUCCCCAGGAGGGCCCCGUUUGAUCUCUUCGACACGAGGAAGAAGAUGAACAACAUUAAACUCUACGUCAGGAGAGUCUUUAUCAUGGAUAAUUGCGAGGAGCUAAUCCCAGAGUACCUUGGAUUCGUCAAGGGAGUGGUGGAUUCAGAUGAUCUGCCGCUCAACAUUUCUCGCGAGAUGCUCCAGCAGAACAAGAUCCUCAAGGUGAUUAGGAAGAAUCUCGUGAAGAAAUGCAUCGAGAUGUUUUUCGAGAUCGCAGAGAAUAAGGAUGACUACAACAAAUUCUACGAGGCCUUUUCCAAGAACAUCAAACUGGGCAUCCACGAGGACAGCCAGAACAGGGCGAAGCUGGCAGAUCUCCUCCGGUACCACUCUACCAGAAGCGGCGACGAAUUGACAAGUUUGAAGGACUAUGUGACCAGGAUGAAGGAGGGCCAGAAGGAGAUAUAUUACAUCACCGGCGAGAGCAAGAAAGCCGUUGAGAACUCCCCCUUCCUCGAGAGGCUGAAGAAGAGGGGCUACGAAGUUCUCUUCAUGGUGGACGCCAUAGAUGAGUACGCCGUGGGACAACUGAAGGAGUACGACGGGAAGAAGCUCGUCUCGGCCACGAAGGAAGGCCUGAAGCUCGAGGACACCGAGGAGGAGAAAAAGAGAAAAGAGGAGAAGAAAACCGCCUUUGAGAGCCUAUGCAAGGUCAUAAAGGACAUCUUGGGCGACAAGGUAGAGAAGGUGGUGGUCUCCGACAGGAUAGUCGACUCCCCCUGCUGCCUGGUGACGGGAGAGUACGGCUGGACGGCAAACAUGGAGAGGAUUAUGAAAGCGCAAGCCCUCAGGGACAGCAGCAUGAGCUCCUACAUGUCGAGCAAGAAGACAAUGGAGAUCAACCCUGACAACGGCAUAAUGGAGGAGCUGCGGAAGAGGGCCGAGGCGGACAAGAACGACAAGUCCGUGAAGGAUCUGGUGCUUCUGCUGUACGAGACCGCUCUACUGACGUCCGGAUUCAGCCUGGACGAUCCUAACACUUUCGCAGGCAGAAUCCACAGAAUGCUAAAGCUCGGUCUGAGCAUUGAGGAGGAAGAAACCGUUGGCGACGACAUCGAGAUGCCGCCACUAGAGGAGAAAGACCAGGAAGACAGCAAGAUGGAGGAAGUGGAUUGA